AAAUCUUUCUUUUCUGCAUCUUUUCUUGGAUCUUAAUCAGAAACAUAAACAUGGCAUCUGAACAUUUGAUGUUGUGAUUUCUUCUGCAAAGGGUUCUCUUCAUCCAUCUCUUUAUUGAACCAUUGAAUAAACUUCUACUGCCUCUUUAAAUAUCACUUCCAUGAAAAGGAAAACAAUUAUUUUGCAGCCAAUCAUAAAGUCCUGAGAACAGCUUCAUUUCAGAGUCACAGCGCUCUCUCCUUCCUCUCUGCAGGAUGCUCCUCUUCCUCUCCGUCACCGCCAUCCUCUCUGCGGGCUGUGCCAUGGAGAUGAACCAGACCUUCAAGCUGCUGCCAGACAGCUUGGAGCCAUGCUCAGCCUGCGACUUCCGGGAGCACAGCAAGCAGCUUAGGCUCCACGGCAUCAGGUCCCAGAUCCUCAGCAUCCUGCGGCUGGAGCAAGCGCCCAACAUCAGCCGGGACAUGAUCCGCCAGCUCAUCCCCAAAGCACCUCCUCUGACGCAGCUGCUGGACCAGUACGACCCACGGGUGGAGGACAAGGACCACGCCACGACCGAGACAAUUAUCACCAUGGCAACAAAGCCAAGUCCCAUCUACCAAGAUGAGCUGUCCUCCUGCUGCCUGUUCCGCCUCAGUCCGAAAAUCCAGCCCAAGAACAUCCUGAGUGCCCAGCUAUGGGUUCACUUGCGUCCGUCCAACACCGUCAGCACCGUCUUCUUGCAGGUGUCCCGCCUCAGAAUGGCCAGGGAGAGAAACAACACCCGAGUCCGGAUCCGCUCCCUGAAAAUCAACACCGAAGCCGGAGCCAGCUCCUGGCAGAGCAUCGACAUCAAAUCCCUGCUGCAGGCCUGGCUGCGGCAGCCUGAAACCAGCUAUGGACUGGAGAUCAAUGCUUUUAACUCGAACGGAGAAGAUCUGGCGGUCACAUCUGCAGAGCCUGGAGAGGAGGGAUUGCAACCGUUCAUCGAAGUAAAGACCCUCGACAGCUCCAAGAGAUCCCGCCGAGACUCCGGACUCAACUGUGAUGAGGAGUCUUCAGAAACCCACUGCUGCCGCUAUCCACUGACCGUCGACUUCGAGGAGUUUGGCUGGGACUGGAUCAUUGCCCCCAAACGGUACAGAGCCAACUACUGCUCAGGGGAGUGCGAGUUCCUUGACCUGCAGCAGUAUCCGCACGCACAUCUGGUGAACAAGGCCAACCCACGAAUCACAGUCGGACCCUGCUGCACGCCCACCAAGAUGUCGCCCAUAAACAUGCUUUACUUCAACCACAAAGAGCAGAUCAUCUACGAGAAGAUCUGGUCCAUGGUGGCUGACACUUGUGGCUGCUCGUAAGGGUACCAGGUUGCCUGCAGGAAGGUUGUAGGAGACUAAUUUACUGCGAAAAUCAAAAAACGCUUAAAAAGAACACAAUUUAAAGAGAUUGUCUGUAGAUUAAAGAACCUAAUUCAUUUUUGAAUGAAUGGCUUUCACCUCGAAGACUGCCAGAAACCAUUUUCCCUAACGCAACACAGUAGCUUCAGUAAAAAAAGCUUUAAAGUAGAUAAAAUAUUCGAGUGGAAAGAAAUUUUUUUAACCACUGCAAGCUGCAUUAAAGCUAAUAUUCUAACCAGUAUGAGAGGAUAUUAUGAAAAGCCAAACUGAAUGUUGUAAAAGCACCAAUGAUUGUUGAAUAGACGUUUGAGAACAAUGUAAAUUCUCACUGACAUGUUGUGAAUGUACCAGCCCUAGUCACUUUAUAAGCUCUAGUACUGGCUGGAACCACUUGGGUCCGGUUGAAGCAGUCUGUUAACCAACAUGGAUUCAUUGCCUUGUUCCACCUCUGAAGCUGGAACACAGAUCUGGGAACCCAGCUUUAACUGGGUUCCAGUUGCUGGGUAGAAGACCUGCAGGAAUCACCAACUAUUGUCCUCAGUGACCUGAUGCUAACUUCAAUUAGUACUAUGACUCAAUAACAAUAUAUUUAUCAUGAAUUCCCACUUUAGGAUGAUCCUGCUGAUUUUACUGAUUUAAAACUUGGAAAAUCCUACUUCUGAUUUCUAAUUGAAUGCACCACAUGAUCCAGUUAGAAGUGAGAAAACCAAUAAGCUUGAUUACUGUUGAGCUCAGUGACAGGCCUACCUAUUAUUGGCAAUAGGAACUGAUAAGGCUGCAUUUAAUAAACACCUAGAAGGUCCUGAGCAGCUGAAUAAGGAACCAAGUUCCUGUUUAAAGAUAAAAUAAGUGUUUUUUUGUUCAUUUCUGAUUAAUGAACACUUCCUGCCUUGAGGAGUGUGUGUUUUUAGAUAUGUUAGGGAUAUUUACCACAAAUGCAAGUUUAUUUUCAAGCUACAUGAUUUCAGAUGUUGAGUUUUCAGUGAGUGGAAAUCUCUGUAUGAAACCAGGCUUUCAGCAGAAAAAGCUGGUAGAUGCAUUGCCUCCUGCUGCUGACUGUCCUGAUUUGAGCCUUGACCAGAACAAAUCACACAGGGCGUCCUUCUUAUUUUGAAAAACAUGAACCGAAUGACACGUCACCUUUGUCUGUUUGCAAAUUUCUCGCUGUGAUUGGUUGGAAGAUCAUCACAGCUAAAACAAGGCAGAGAAACUAUUAAUCUAUUAAUCAGUUUUCUGGAGAGAGAUUAUCAAAUGUUUCUUCUUAAGGGCUGUCCGGAUGCAAAUACCGUUCUUAUUAUAUAUACACACAAAACUGUAGUUGAUGCUUUGAUUACAAAUUGCCCUGAAAAGUAAUUUUUUCAUAUAUUUUUGAAACAUUGUUUAACUAUUUGGCCAAAAAGAACCGUAAAUACUACGUCCAGACUUGAGAUGUAAGGACAAGGUCCUUUAACUGCAAUAUCACUGGCACCCACUAGGGGGUUGUUUUCACUCAACUCAGCAGAAAUUCAAUGAUGAAGCUUCUUCAUAACCUCUGAGGUGCCCGCGGGUUCUCAGUGGGGUUCAGAUCUGAUCACAGGUCCAUAAUUUCAAAGCUCUGAUGUUUGAGUUAUUUUAUUAUCAUUUUAGCCCUUUGACAUGGUGUUUCCGUCACCCACACAUCACCAACUGUUCCUGGUUUGUUGAAACAGUUUUAUCAGGAAAAAAAAUUUGAUCCCAUUUUCUAAUCAUGGUUGUUUUGCUGGGGAGACCUGGGAGGAAGCCCAAUUAUUUGGAUUGGAUCAGGAUAGUUUACUCAAGGUCCACACAUUGAAGGUCUCACCUUUCUUCUCCAGAUGUUCCAAACAAUCAGGAGGUUUACUGUGAGAGUCGCUGCAUUCUUGAUGGUUUUCUUGGACAGAAGUGGCUUCUUUCCGAACGUUUUCACCUUAGUAUGCAUGCAGAUGCACUCCUACCCACCUGCUGCCAAUUUUGAGCUCUGCAACGGUGGCAACUUGAAUUUAUAGUAUAUUACUGGACUGGGCAGAAACUCUGAUCCUGAAGGUCUUGAUGAACCAGAAACCUGCUCUUUCAGCUGCAAUGCUCUUAGCAGUAGCUUUCAGCAUGUGAUGCAAAUCUGUGAGGGACACUAAAUGGACUCAGCUGGAUUUUAGCUCACAGCUGCAUGUGACUGUGCUGACAUGAAGUUAGCUGAUCAGUUUGUGCAAAAUGUAUGUUUUAUUGUUGCGUUUCAAGCUUAAAAAAAGCAUCUGUGCAGAGAUAAAAUGCAUCUUAUUGCUCUGCACAACGAACUGACCUGGCUGUGUCUCUGCCAAUAACUGUGGAGCAUCAUCUAGUGGUUGAUCAGAAGAACUGCAGCAGAUUGUACUCCAGCUUGAAGAUGAAGGGUUGUUUUUGCUAUGAAAAGGGUUAGUUGUAUUUGAGAAACAAGUCGAUCUCUUGAGCGGGUCUGAAACAUUUAAUCUUCAUUGUUAGUACCAUAUUAUCCCAGGGAGCUAAAGAUGAAUCAGUGUCGGUGCAGAAACUGGGAUCCCAGAGGGAGGCUUCAUUACUGCUUAAUGCCAAGAGCAGAUGUCCUGACUGUUGUUGUCUUCGUGGGGGUUUCUGACCCGAAAGGUUCUGCUGAAACAAAGCUGCUCAGAUUUACGUCACUGAUCUAACUUUAAAUAAGUUCUGGUUAAAUCUUUUAAAACCAGAUUCUGUCCAUUUAUAAAGUUCAAAAACUGCACUUAAAUGCUUUGAUUUUAGGAUUUUGUGAUUAAAUCAUGCGGACUUAAGUGAGUGGACAUGAAUGGAUAUGUGUCAUGAGUUGUACAUUUCUCUGAGGGAAGUAUUGUUCUUAAAUCUGCACUAUAUGUUCAACAGAAUGCUUUGUUUCUGAUGUCCCCAUCAAACGUUGCAUUUAAAAUCAGUUUCUGAAGAAAAAUGGAUUGUUAAAUAAUAAACUAGCACUUCUCAAUCAUGUUGAUUCUCAUUCUCUGUCCUUGUAUGUCUCAUUUGUUUGUAUCUUGUGUCUUUUUUGUGUCAUGAAUUACUUGGUUUAAGAUGUAAAUGACUAACAUAAAGAAGGAUGAUUUAAAAACAGCUGAACUUAAAUUUUCCAUGUCUUUUUUGUUUAUGAACAGUAAUAAAUGAGCAGUUAAAGCCCAUAUUCCUCUAAAAUGUAUAUGUUCCAAUGUAUUUUAAUAAAAGCAAUACCACUCA